AUGGCGAGCGCGAACGACGAGGCGGUCGUCGAGCGAGCCGCGAGGCUCCCAUUCGACGAGCGCGUCGGCCACAAGAACUGGCGAGUGCGCAACGCCGCGUACGCGUUCGCGCUCGAGUACGACAAAGCGUCGCCGGAAGAAGUCGCGGAACUCGUCUCCUUGUUGGCAGGCAAGGGGGUGACCGACAGCAAUGCGGCGGCGCAGGAGAAGGCCCUCGAGGCGCUCACGGCGCUCCUCGAGCGCUCCCCGGAGAGGCUCGUCGCCAGGCACGCGAAGGAGAUCUCCGUCGGCGUCGUCGCGAAGGCGCUGAGCGGGCGCGCGGCGACGCUGCAGCGCGCGGGCGACGUGUGCGCCGCGCUGUGCGAGGGAGGCGCGGGCGACACGGUCGUGGACGCGCUCGUGUCGGGCUUCGGGCACAAGACGCCCAAGGUCGCGUGCAACGCAGUCGGCGCCGUGCUGCAGCUCCUCAGCGAGUUCGGCCCCGGCGUCGUGCAGCCCCGCCCGGUGCUCGGCGCCCUGCCGGGCCUCUUCGGCUCGCGCACGGCGCAGCUGCGCGACCUCGCCAAGCAGCUCGCGGCCGAGAUGGCGCGCUGGAUCGGAGCUGACGGAAUCCGCGCGUCCAUCAUGGAGCAGAUGCGCGACGCCAUGAAGAGGGACGUCGAGGACCUGCUUGCCACCAAGAACGACGAGGCGCCGCCGCAGCCGACGCGCUACACGCGGAAGGAGCGAGCGCGCCUCGAGGCCGCCGCGGCGGCCGCGCAGGCCGCGGGCGAGGACCAAGAGAUGGAGGGCGCCGACGAGGGCCCCAGCGAGGCCCCCGCGGCGCAGCUCGACGCGUACGUCCUCAGCGCGCCCGCGGACGUCCUCGGGCAGCUCGGGAAGCCCUUCUGGGCCGGCCUGGAGUCGCGCAAGUGGAGCGAGCGGCGUGACGCUCUGCUGCACCUCAAGGCCGCGACGGGGCGCCCGAAGCUGCAGAGCGGGGACUACGGCGACGUGUGCCGCGGGCUCCAGCGCGUCAUCGCGAAGGACUCCAACGUGGUGUGCGUCGCCGAGGCCGUGCAGUGCGUCGGGAACAUGGCGGCGGGCCUGCGGCGGGAAUUCGCGCAGCACGCGCGGCAGCUGGCGUCGUGCGUGCUGGAGCGGCUCAAGGAGAAGAAGACGAGCGUGACGGACCCGUGCCGCGCGACCCUCGCGGCGCUCACGCAGCACUGCGUCAGUCUGACGGACGUCGUGGACGAGGCGCUCGAGAAGGCCCGCGACAAGAACCCGCAGAUCCGCGCCUUCACCGUGGCGUGGAUCGAGACCUGCGUGGUCGACUCCAAGCCCGCCGCGGCGCAGAAGCUCCACAAGGACGUCCUGCCCGCGCUCGUCGCCGCCGCGCAGGACGCGACCCCGGAGGUGCGCGACGCGGCGAUUUCCGCCAUCUGCGCGUUCGCGCGGGCGGCGGGCGGCGUCGCGACGCUCGAGCGGUACCUCAAGCAGCUCGACGCGCCGAAGCGCAAGGCGCUGGACGAUCGGCUCGCGGCGCCGGGCGGCGGCGCGGCGGCGAGCGCGCACCCGUCGCCGUCGCGGUCGGCCACGCUGCCCGCGGGGCGCCUGCGCGCGGGCUCGUCGUUCAACGCUGGGAGCGCGGGCACGAGCGCGCGCGGAGGCGGCGGCGCGGAGCGGCCCCCGACGGCGACGGCCUCGCGCGGGAGCCUCCGGAAGUCGGCGACGGCGCGGCCCAAGGCGCUGGCGGCGGCGGUGAGCGCGUCGGCGCCGGCGGUGGACGACGCGGACGUGCAGCCGACGGCGAUGUCGAAGGAGGAGGCGCUGGGGACGCUCGGCGCAUUCCUGCCCGCAGCGGCGGUCCAGCAGAUAGGAUCCUCCAACUGGAAAGAGCGCCUCGAGGGCAUGUCUGCGGUGCGGGACGCCGUGGGGGCCGCGGCGGCGACCGUGCCCGCGGGCGCGGUCCUCGCGAUGCUCUCGGCGCUGCCGGGGUGGAGCGAGAAGAACUUCCAGGUCUUCCAGCGCGUCCUCGAGACCAUAUCUACCUGCGCCGCAUCCUGCCCCUCCUUCUCCCGCCGCGACGGCGCGCUCGCCGUCGAGGGCGCCGCCGACCGCCUCGCCGACGGUAAGCUCCGCGCCGCGGCCUGCGACGCCCUCAACGCGACCGCGGAGGCGCUCGGGCCGCAGUUCGUCGCGGUGCAACUGCACGCGCGCGCCACGGCGGCCAAGAGCCCCAAGGUGAAGGCCGAGGCGCUGACGUGGCUCGCGGCGGCGACGGUGGAGUUCGGGCUGCGCGAGUUCGACGUCGCGUGGCUCCUCAAUGCCGUGAAGGCGGACCUCUCGUCGGCCACGCCUGCCAUCCGUUCCGCGGCCAUCAAGGUGCUGGGCGCAAUGCACCGCACGGUCGGUCCGCCGCUGCGCGGCAUGAUCGAGAACGACGUCAAGCCUGCGCUGAUGGCGAGCGUGGACGAGGAGCUCGGCGCGAGCCCCCAGGACAACCCCGCGCCCAGUCGGCGCACGCGGGGGGGUGUCCGGCAGCGCGGGUCGUCGCGCGGGCGCAGCGCGUCGGCGGGCCCGAACGACGGCGAGGUCGAGAUGGACGACGCGGGCCCGGACACGUCGAUGGCGAGCGCGAACGCGGACGAGGUGCUCCCGCGAGAGGACGUGUCGGCGGCGCUGGCAGCCCCGUCGUGGCUGACGAAGAUGGGGAGCGCGAACUGGAAGGAGCGGCGGCUGGCGCUGACGCACCUGAGCGAGGUCCUGAGCGACGCGGGGAACCGCGUGAUCGUCGCGGCUGACGCGGGGGGGGAGUUGAUGGCCGCGCUCAAGCACCGCAUGUCCGACGCGAACAAGAUGCUGGCCGCCAUGGCGCUGGCGCUCCUCGGGCAGCUCGCGGGCGCCGUGGGCAAGCCCGUGGACAAGUGGUCGCGCCUCGUGCUCCCGGAGGCGGUCGCCAACGUUGCCGACAAGAAGAAGGCGGUGCGCGAGGCCUGCGUCGACAUGAUGGGCAAGUGGUGCGCGACGGGGCCGCAGGCCUUCGAGAGCGUCCUGCAGUGCCUGCACGAGACCCUCGGCGACGCGAAGAAGAAGUGCCCGCCCGAGGGCAAGUCCGACUCGCUCGCGUGGCUCGCGGAGGCCGUGCGCUCCGGCUCCGUCCCGCGCCGCCACCUCCGCCGCUCCGAGGCGCUCAACCUCCUCGUCGGCUGCGCGGCCCAGGGCCUCGCGGACAAGUCCGUCCAGGCGCGCGACGCCGGCGCCGCCCUCGUCGCCGCCCUCAUGGACGCGGACCUCCCCCCCGCGGACGUGGCCGCGGCGGUCGACGCCCUGCCGCGGGCGUCGCGCGACCUCGUCCAGACGUGCGUUGCGCGCAACGGCGGCGGCGUCGAGGAGCUCGCGGCCACGGCGUCGGCCCUGCGCGCGUCCGCGGCCGCGCGCCCCACGACGGCGCCCACCGGCGCGCGCGCGCGCUCUCCGAGCCCCGCCGCAGUCCGCGCGUCCGCCAACGCGCCCGCGGCGCUGCGCGCGUCCUCUGCGCGCCUCCCUGCGUCCGCGAAGGCCGUCCUGCGCGUCCCGGACGGCGACGGCUCCCUCUUUCUGGCGGCAGGCUGCACGCCCGAGGCCCGCGCGCAGCGGGCGCGGCGGAUGCGGCACCUGCGCGCGUCGGCGCUCAAGUGGGAGGAGCCCCGCGGCGAGGACGACGCGGCGCUCAAGGCCGACCUCGAGAAGGCGGUUUCCAAGACCCUUCUUGACAAGAUGUUUUGCGCGCGCCCGGGCAUGUCGUUCCGCGCGCACGCGGAGGCGGCGGCGGCGGUCGCGGGCGCGCUGGCCGACGAGUGGCCCGCGGUGUCGCAGUGCCUGGACCUCCUCGUCCGCUGGGCGACGGCGCGCGUGUGCGAGGGCAACUCGCAGUCCCUGCUGCGCUCCCUCGAGAUGCUGCAGGCCGUCUGCGACGAGCUGCGGCGGCGCGGGGAGCAGCUGUCGGACUACGAGGCCGCGCUGCUGCUCCCUACGCUCGUGGAAAAGGCCGGGCACAACCAGGACCGCGUCAAGAUGAUGCACCGCGCGCUAUUCCGGACGGUGCAAGCGGUGACGGCGCCGGCGGUGACGCGCGCGGCCGCGGAGGCGCUGGCGCGCGGGCUGGAGUCCGGGAACAAGCGCACGCGCGUGGUGUGGCUCGAGGAGAUCGCGCACCAGAUCGAGGAGGCCACGGGGCUCGCGCCGUUCUGCAAGGCGCGCGUGCUGCCCGCGGCGGCCCGGCAGGUGGCCGAGAAGGAGAACGCGGUGCGGAACGCGGCGGUCGCGGCGUGCGCGGCGGGGUACCGCAACCUGGGCGAGGAGCGCUUCUGGCAGGAGGUGGGGAGUGUUCCUGACGCGACAAAGAAGUCCCUGGUGGACAAGUUCAAGUUUGUACAAAUACACCCCUCCGUGGCGCCGCAGCGGUCGGACCAGACCGCGACGCCCGUGCGGAUCCCGCGCGUCUCGGACCUGACCGGGCGGGACCCCUCGGGCAACCCCGUGCGCCCCACCACCGCGCCCGCCGCGCACACCCCCCUCGCAAACACCAGCACCCUCCCUCCGGCCACCCCGGGCGCCCUCGACGUCUCCAUGGCGUCGCCGGCGCCCGCCGCGGCCGCCCCCGCGCCCGCGCCGAACCCGCACGGCUUCACGGCAACGUGGCCGGCGCGGCCGCCGCCCCCGCCCGACCUGGAGCCAACGGCCAUGGGCGCGCACGUGCCUCCGACGCCGUCGCCCGGCCCGGGCUCGGCGCAGCAGCGCACGCGCGAGGCGGUCGCGCAGUGGCAGCGCGCGGUGCGGAUGGUCACCGGCGCGGACCGCGGGCAGGCCGUCGAGGGCAUGAAGAUGGUCUGUCAUGAGCUCAUGGGCGCCUCCCAGGGCGUGGUGCUCCCGAGCGCGCUCGACACGUUCGCGCUGGACGCGGACGCGCUGACCGCGGCGCUCGUGACGCAGCAGGACGACGCCAUCCGCGGCGCGGUGGAGGCCCCCGAGGACGCGCAGGGGCACGUGCGCGUGGCCAAGUACACCACCAACACGCUGAUGCAGAUGUUCUCGGUGAGCGAGAUGGCGCAGUGCGUGUCGGAGCCGACGCUGAAGGCGCUGACGGCGUCGCUGCUGAACCGGCUGCUCGACGCGCGGCUCCGGGGCGCGGCGGACGGCGUGGCCAUCUCGCGCGCGCUCAACGUGCUGAUGCUGCGCGUGGUGGACGCGGCGAACCGGGACUUCGCGUUCUCGUUCCUGAUCGAGAUGCUCGCGGACCCGCCGGUGCAGCCGCCGCCUGGAUCGACGGAGGACGACGUGGACCAUUUCCGGGGGGAGUUCGUGGAGUGUGUCAUCCGGUGCCUUAUCCGUCUGACCAAGACGCUUCAGGCCCCCGGGGGAGUCGACGCCAUCGACGUCGACGCCCUCCUGCUCUCCGCGCACACCUUCCUCAUGGAGCUCGGCCUGGAGGAGAUCCGCCGCCGCGGCCAGGGCGCCGACAAGCCCCUGCGCAUGGUCAAGACCGUCGUGCACCAACUCUGCCGCGCCCUGGGCCCGCGCAUCCGCGACCACCUCUCCCUCCUCCCCGCACGCGACCCCGCCGACCCCAGCGCCGCCGCGGCCAUCCACAAGUACAUCGACAUCAACCUGGAGACGCUCGCGGGCGAAGAACGCACCAGCGGCGCGUUCGCUACACAGCAGCACCCCGCGGGGGACGCCGCCGGAGCGGCGCAGGCCCCCACGCCGGGCACGACGCCUGCAGCGUCGCCGCUGCGGCCGAUGAACGGGCAGCGCACGCCCGGCGCGCACGUCGCGAUCACCAAGGAGCUGACGCGCAUCCUGCGCAACGUCGCGCGGCAGGAGACGGCCGAGGCGGGGCUCGCGGAGCUCGAGGCGUUCCUCGAGCGCAAUCCCGGCCUCGACCUCGACGCGGCGCUCACGCGCUGCUCGACGUCGGACGGGCUGCGGCGGUACGUGCACCAGCGGUUGGCGGAGCACGCGCAGCGCGGCGGCGGCGCGGAGAACCACCCGGAGCGGCCGCCGCUGACGCGGUCGCCGAGCAAGAUCCCCGCGCCCUCGGGCGACGUGGGGGGGUCGCAGAGCGCCGCCGCGACGCCGCGUCCGGAGCUGUCGACGCUGUCGUCCUUCCCGCUGUCGGUCAGCAGCUCGAUGGCGUCGUCGCUGCAAGCGUCCAAGCACUCCUCGCCGACGCACCAGGACAAGCGCGUCGCGGCCGCCGCCGGGAGCGCCCCGCGGGCGAGCACGACGCUCGAUCAACUGAAGGAGCGUAUGGAGCGCAUCCGGGCGCAGCAGGCUGAGUCAGGGAUCGCGCCACCGGGGGGCAGUGAGGGCGUGCGUGCGUCGAUGUCGUUCGCGGACGUGCAGCGCCGCAUGGCGGAGAUGUCGGGCCUCGGCCGGGCGAACUAG